AUGUCUAAAACCUCCCCUUCUCUGGCCCGCCGGCUAUUAACUGGUCCCAAUCUCCUCCAAUCCAGUUUCCGGUUUCCGGUUUCACAAAACCGCCUGUUUUUUCUCUCUAUAAAUACAAACCUCUCCCCCUUCGCUUCCAACACAACCGAAUCACAAUUACGGAGCAAGAAAAAAAGUGAAGAACUUAAUAUGAGUUAUUUAAACCGUGUUUGGAUGGCCACCGGUUUCGCCGUCGUGAACGGCCACACUGACCAGGGGCUUAAGUGGAAGUCCGGUCUCAAGUCCCUCCAACACAACAAGAAACGCUUCUCUUCGUCCACCGCCGGAACCGGCGGAGAUACGGCAGAUCUCCGGCCGUUAUCGUCCAUGUUGGGGUCGGGUAUGGAUGGGUUUCGUGUGAACAAUAACGGAGAGCAGAGGGUAAAGCAAGCCGACGAGUCGCUCCGGCAAGUCAUCUUGGAAGAGUCUUUUGAGGUGGUGAAAAGUCGCCGCCGGGAAGAAGUGGAUCGAGUUGACUUGCGAUAG